UUUGUCAUACUUGCCAGUCGGAAAUCAGUGUUCCUUUUCAUUUGUUUCAGAAAUGAUUUAAAGUGUGUAUUCUUAGGCCCAAGAACAGCUGUUUUGCAUAACAUUGCGAAUCCGGUUGAUUUGCGUCAAAACAAAACCAGGAUCAUGCUGAAAACCGCUGUUAGUCGCUUCUUACAAGUUAACUCAGUGCGAUGUGGCAGCCGGGCGAAUUCGGUUCGCAAUAUCAACCUGAUUCCCAUGGUGGUCGAGCAAACUGGCCGCGGUGAGCGGGCCUACGAUAUAUUCUCCCGUUUGUUGAAGGAGCGGAUAAUUUGUCUGAUGGGCAACAUAACCGACGACAUCAGUUCCACCGUGGUGGCUCAACUGCUGUUCCUGCAAUCGGAGAACGUCAACAAACCGAUCCAUCUGUACAUCAAUUCACCCGGCGGUGUUGUGACAGCGGGCUUGGCGAUCUACGAUACGAUGCAGUACGUCAAGCCACCAAUAGCAACUUGGUGCGUUGGUCAGGCCUGCUCGAUGGGAUCCCUCCUGCUCGCGGCCGGUGCGCCUGGGAUGCGGUACUCUCUACCCAAUGCGCGGAUCAUGAUACACCAGCCCUCUGGUGGCGCACAAGGGCAAGCCACGGACAUCCUAAUACAUGCCGAGGAAAUUAUCAAAAUAAAGCGUCAGCUGACCAACAUCUACGUGAAGCACGCCAAGAACACGUAUGAAGAGAUGUGCGGACGCAUGGAGCGCGACCACUUUAUGACCCCCGAAGAGGCUAAGGUGCUGGGUAUCAUCGACCAUGUGCUCGAACAUCCUCCAGAGACUGUGUCCGAAACUGGACCGGCGACGGACGGCGGCGUUACCUCCGGCAAAGCCGUGCCUGAGGAGUGCGAGAAGAAGAGAAGCAAGCAGGCAGCCUAAAUUGCUCGCUUGUCCAUAGAUCAAAAUUCAAUUCUAAGUUUGAAACAUUUUGAACAAUUCAGUUUUCUACAGAAUAUACACUUUCCAAUUAUA